GCUUGUGUGAUGACGUGGGUGGGGGAGGAGCCUCUCCCCUCCACACAGUGUUACAGAACCUCGAGCGGAGGCUGCAAUCCGCGACCCUGAGCUGAAGGAGGCCGCUACGAGGAGUUGUGGACAGAGGCCUGGGGGCAUCGACAGCGCAGCGAUCUCCGGGCGCGGCAACUCCCUGCCCACCAACGUCACCACCACCACCACCCCCCACUGUGACCUCAACUACGGUGCUAUGGCAGCUGCCCCUACAGCUGCCCCUACAGCUGCCCCUGCAGCUGCCCCUGCCGCUGCUUCUUGGCCCUUGGACCCCUCCCGACCCCCCCUCAUCGAGGGGUUCACCCCCAGUGGUGGAGAUCUGCGCAGGACGGAGGGCUUUGGGGAGAAGCUCGCUCGGAAGACCAAAGAGAACCCCUUUGUGCCACUGGGCGUGUUGACCACUGCCGUGGUGCUGUCUCUGGGCCUGGUGGCGUUCCGCCGCGGGGAUUUUGUUCGCUCCCAGCGCCUCAUGAGGGCCCGGGUCCUGGCCCAGGGAUUCACCCUCGUGGCGCUCGUCGGCGGGGUCGUCUUGGGGGUAGGCAGGGGGUAG